GUGCAUCCUAGCAGGAACUGAAUGGCCCACCCUCUGCUUUCUCUCUGCCAGGGAGGUGUCAGUGUCUUCAUUUCUCUCAUGGAUCAUAACUCAUUGCAGAAGAGAGGACUACAAUGCUCUAGUCUGUCACAAAUCCUCGUCAGUAGUCACAGGUUGCUCAAGGGAGCAAUUGAAGCGCUCUGACGGGACACCCAGCUCUUUCUGGGAAGCUGUGGAGCACCGAUCAAAACGCAGCCAGUUUUUAGAGUCAAGCUUACAAGAACUACACAUGUUUUCUUGAUCAGAUUUGGAUUACACUCGUUUGGGAAUCUACUUGGAUGGAGAGUAAAAGUAGAGUAAAGACAAAUUAAACGGGAUGGUUAGAAGCUGUCAUGACAAAAUUCUUUGGAGGACAAGGAUUUUAUUUGACUGGCAUGGCUUAACUUCCUCCUUUAAAUCAUUUGUUAGUCACAUAUGAGUAUAAAUACUAAGAGAAAGCAAGGAAAGGAGCUCUAAAAGCAGGGUUUGAAGAAUAGUUUUGUCAAAAAAUCACCUUUUUGGGGGCAGUAUUUCUUAAAUAAUUGAACGAUGACUCUUGCAGCUCGACUCGAGGACUUAGAAGUGACCCUGGAACACAUGCUUAUGGAUGUUUUUAUGACAGAGGGGAGGCGGUGUCAAGUCCAUCUCCUGGAUGACAGGAAGCUGGAGCUUCUUGUCCAGCCCAAACUGAUGGCUAAGGACUUGCUGGACCUCGUGGCCUCUCACUUCAACCUCAAGGAGAAAGAAUACUUUGGAAUUGCAUACACAGAUGAAACGGGCCAUUUUAGUUGGCUGCAGCUGGACCGCAGAGUAUUAGAGCAUGAAUUCCCCAAGAAGUCUGGUCCCAUUGUCCUAUACUUCUGUGUCAGGUUCUACAUUGAGAGUAUAUCCUACCUAAAGGACAAUGCCACCAUUGAGCUGUUCUUCCUUAAUGCCAAGUCCAUCAUAUACAAGGAGCUUAUUGAAGUAGACAGUGAAGUUGUCUUUGAAUUGGCCUCCUACAUCCUACAAGAGGCCAAGGGUGACUUUACGAGUAAUGAUGCAACCAGAUUGGACCUGAAAAAGUUGCCUGCUCUUCCCACCCAGGCCUUAAAGGAGCACCCAUCUCUGGCCUACUGUGAAGACCGGGUCAUAGAGCAUUACAAGAAACUCAGUGGGCAGUCCAGAGGACAGGCCAUUGUAAAUUAUAUGAGCAUUGUAGAGUCUCUUCCUACAUAUGGAGUGCAUUACUAUGCCGUAAAGGACAAGCAGGGGAUCCCAUGGUGGUUGGGUUUGAGCUAUAAAGGGAUUUUUCAGUAUGAUUACCAGGACAAAGUCAAACCCAGGAAGGUGUUCCAAUGGCGUCAGCUGGAGAACCUCUACUUCAGAGAAAAGAAGUUUUCAGUGGAAGUUCAUGACCCCAGGAGUAGGGCGUCGGUAACAAGAAGGACGUUUGGUCACAGUGGCAUUGCUGUGCAUACCUGGUACGCCUGUCCUGCCCUCAUCAAGUCCAUCUGGGCCAUGGCUAUCAGCCAACACCAGUUCUACCUGGAUCGCAAGCAGAGCAAGUCGAAGAUCCAUGCAGCCCGAAGUUUGAGUGAGAUUGCCAUAGACCUAACGGAAACAGGAACUUUAAAGACCUCCAAACUGGCCAACAUGGGCAGCAAGGGCAAGAUUAUCAGUGGCAGCAGUGGCAGUCUGCUCUCCUCAGGCUCUCAGGAAUCAGACAGCUCCCAGACUGCUAAGAAGGACAUGCUGGCAGCACUGAGAGCAAGGCAGGAAGCUCUGGAGGAAACACUGAGACAACGACUUGAGGAACUCAAGAGCAUCUGCAUUAGAGAAGCGGAGCUGACAGGAAAGCUUCCGAAAGAAUAUCCACUGGAUCCAGGAGAGGAGCCGCCCACAGUCAGGCGGAAGAUUGGCACGGCUUUCAAACUGGACGAGCAGAAAAUCCUUCCCAAGGGAGAGGAAGAGGAGCUUGAGCGUUUGGAGCGGGAGUUUGCUAUUCAGUCCCAGAUUACAGAGGCAGCCCGGCGUCUUGCCAGUGAUCCUCACGUGAAUAGUAAGAAGCUGAAGAAGCAGAGAAAGACUUCUUAUCUGAACGCAUUGAAGAAGCUCCAGGAAAUUGAGAACUCUAUCAAUGAGUACCGCGUCCGCUCUGGGAAGAAGCCUACACAGAGGGCGUCUCUUAUCAUAGAAGAAGCUAAUAUUGGUUCUGAAGACAGCUCAUUGUCCGAUGCACUGGUCUUAGAUGAUGAUGACCCUCAAGUUACAGGUACCCCGACUUUCUCGCCAGUAGCAUCACCUCAUAAGGGCCUCCCUCCACGACCACCCUCUCACAGUCGGCCCCCUCCACCACAGUCCCUGGAUGGCCUGCGACACAUGCACUACACACGGUCUGACUAUGAUAAAUCUCCCAUCAAACCCAAAAUGUGGAGUGAAUCAUCACUGGAUGAGCCCUAUGAAAAAGUCAAGAAACGCUCUUCUCACUCCAGUCACAGGCGUUUCCCAAGUUCUGGUAAUGCUGAAGCAGGGGGUAGUAACUCCCUGCAGAGCAGCCCCAUCAGGAGCAUGCCUCACUGGAACUCCCAGUCCAGCAUGCCAUCGACUCCGGACCUGAAAACCAGGACUCCACACUAUGUACAUUCCACCAGGUCAGUGGACAUCAGUCCCACACGUCUGCACAGUCUCUCUCAGCACUUUAGGAACCGCAGCUCCAGCCUUGAGUCUCAGGGCAAACUGCUGGCGUCUGAUCCUGACGCACAUCCCCACACCUUGGGCAGUCCUGACUUUUUCCUCGGUCCAGGACGCAGCUCCAAUGGUUCUGACCCACUGGAUGACUGUUCAUCCUGCACCAGCCAAAGCAGCUCAGAGCAUUACUACCCCUCUGGUGGGCCCCCUGGCAGCAAUCCAAAUUAUUCAACUCUGGGAGAGGACUCACCCUCCAAAGCAAGGCAGAGGCAACGGCAAAGGCACAGGUCUGCAGGGCACUUGGGUUCUUCUAACUCUGGCUCAAUGCCAAAUCUGGCAGCUAAGAAUGGUUCUGGUGGAGGUUCAGGUGGAGGUGGGAUAGGAGGGGGACACCACGGAGUCUACCUCCACAGUCAGAGCCAGCCUUCCUCCCAGUACCGUAUUAAGGAGUACCCACUAUACGUGGAAGGCAGCCCAAACCCUGUGGUGGUGCGCAGCCUGGAGAGUGACCAGGAGGGCCACUACAGUGUGAAGGCUCAGUUCAAGACCUCCAGCUCCUACACAGCUGGUGGACUAUACAAGGAGGCCUGGGGGGGGGACGAGGGAGGAGAGGGGAGCGGCCGACUCACGCCGUCACGUUCUCAGAUCGUACGGACUCCAUCAUUGGGGAGAGAAGGUGGUGGAGGAGGGGGGAGGGCAGCAGUUUCUGAGGAGCUGCGAUGUUGGUACCAGAGGUCUUCAGGGAGCCUGAAGGAAAGGAGUCACUCACAUUCAGGAUCGACAUCUUCUGAGACCAGCUCACAACAAGGCACUCUGGGACAUGGUCGAGGGAGUAGAGUGGGGACUCUGGCCAAGGGCUCGCCAGCUGCUUCCCCUCACAGCCAGAGGAGUAUGACGCCCGCCAGCGAGCACGCCGCCACACCCACACCACCCUGUAGCCCACAGCACAUCCUCAACUGGAAAAGCGGGUCUUUCACUGACAGCUGUUUUCGCAGCAGCCCCUUGUGUUCAGAGCUGGCAGAUGCGCAGUGGUACGGACAAGACAAGGCCAAACCUGGAACACUGGUCUGAGACCUUCCUUUUAGGCCUAGAAAAGUUCCAUUGCCCUCUCCUUCUGCCUUGUCACUUUCCCUCACUACUACCCAUCAACAACUGAACAACCUCAUCCAUAAGGCCCUGCAAAAACUCCUGCCCUGACUGGACCAGGCACGAGCCUCCCUCCUUCCUAAAUUGCACCACUUCUUUGUUUCACCCUGUCUAUCACAGCUCAGCUGGACAGGGAUGCACUCGCUGAGCUCUGAUAAGGGCUUAUUCGACAGCUUAAUUGACAAAAUAGACUGAGAAGUGCCACCACAGCUGUUGAACUGUUUCCCUACAGCACCACAGAGUCCUUUCAAUAGUCACCCUCUGGAGCACACAAGCAAUGGAGCAAGUGAAGACAGAGCACAGAAGAAUAUCAGACAUGCUACUCAUAGUCCAGGAUCUGUUUCAUAUCGCAUUUCGAAUCACUCCUGUGCAGAGGACACAUGCUUAAUUUGAGCCACCAAUAUCAACCCAUUAUAAAGCCCAAAUGUAAUCUGUUACAUUGCCUAUAUUCCCAAACACAUUAGUCCUUUUCCUUAUUUUUCCCCAUGUGUAUUUACUAGAAGAGAAUAUUACAGAAUUGGUUUUAUCCCCAACAAAGACAGCUGCUGAAUUAACUGGCCACAUCAUAGUCUCUGGGCAGAAACCGACAGUCAUGAAACUCAACAGUAUGUGGAUGAAUUGAUGGAGACAAUGUCAAGGUGCUUUCUGAAACACGGUCUGAGAUGCAGAAAAGGACUAUAGCAAUAACAAGCACUCUAUGAGUCUGUGGGCUAGUUUUAAUCAACAGUGAACUGAGGCAGGUAUUUUUACACAUUACCUACCCUUUGAUGCUUGCAGUGAAGGGUUAUUUGUGCAUCAUAGGCAGAAUCUGGAGGUGUGAAUUUGGGUUUAGCAUUAUUCAGUUAUAUAUCUCUGUCAGGUUGUUGGGCCACAUGGUGAUCAGUACUUGAGCCAGAUCGUAUGGUGUUGGGGUGAAAGUCAAUGCAAAUUUGGAAUAGAAACAUAUUUGUAUUUUCGUUUUUAUUUCUGACCGAAAGUAUAACUAUUGACAUAACUUGUAGUUUGAUGGUAAGACAGCUCAGUGUUGAAUUGUUUUAACCAAAAUGCUCUGCUUUUUCCAGCCUUGGCUCCAAACUGGCUCGCACCUUGCUGUGUCUCUCAGUCCCCUUACAACACUGUGUUUUCUCAUCUUUCUACCCAUUUGCUCAGCGUGUCUGAAGCAUUUCAACUGAACUUUAUUAGUUCCAAACAUGUUGGUGCUUUACAUUUGUACUGUAAUUUAGCACUGAAACUAUUUCAGGCAAAUGCAUUCUUUCUAAUCUCCACUGUCUGAAGCCAUUCUGUAAAACAGCAGCCAUAAGACACUCAGCAAACAUGUCAAAUCACUUCAUGAAAACACACUUUUGUCUGAAAGCACAAUAUGAAUACUGUCUAUGAGGGCUGAACAUGUAGUCAGUGAAUUUAUUAUGCCAUAGACAUGAGUGGAUCUUGGGUUGGCAAUGAAUGCCCUGCUGUCAGGGCAGAAGAGAAGCUAUAACCAGGGCGGAGAAGAAUUCAUAAACCCUUCAAACCUAAACAGAGAACAUACAAAUCAACAGUUAGAUAUUCAGAACAGGGUUAGAAAGGCACACCUAGUUUUGUAUGAAGGAGCUGCUUGUUUUAGCUGCCUUUGAACCAAUUUUCCUAAGUUUUCCCUAAAGUGGUGCAAAAUAUCAGUCACCAUUUUUUUUCUUGCACAAAAUUGUAAUUAGUUUUAUGUUAAUCGUACCAAUAUUAUGACCAAUCCUAAAUCAUUUGAGCAAAUAAAAAUGUAUUCUUUUUUAUUUUAUAGUACCAAUCAGACUGGAUUAAAAGUUUGCCCUGCUGUUUAGCAUGGGAGGAAUGGUAUAAAUCUCCCCUGGUCCUUCUUAGAGGUGUGUUUACUUUAUGCACUGGCACCAUUAAGUGUUUGUAAGGUGCAGCCCAGUCUCUCCCUGCAUGGUUGGUUCUCCAAGAGUUAUUCAUCCAUGCUUGGUCAGAUUUAAUAGGCCCUUAUGCAAGAUUGAAACCAGCAGUGACUGGUUACCUACUAAUACAAAUUCACCACUGCACUAUAGGUAUUCAAGUUUACUUUUCUCCAUGACACUCUUUGCCCACUAUUUACCCACUGAAGACACAAUCCCAUGCAUGCCCUGCAGAUCCACUGACAAAUGCCUUCCACAGACUGGUUUGAAAAAAAAAUUUAAAAAGCUAUUUUUGCUCCAUUGUGGCGUUCGACUCCCCAAAAGUACCAUUUUGAUCUUGUUAUAAUCUGAAGUCUGAGCCUGUUGUGAAGAAAUGUGAUAUCCUGUACCUCCAUAGUUCCAUGCAGCAAACUUUCCUUGCUCCAUACAGAUGUAUGAGGGUUUUUUUUUGUAAUAUUCCCAGAGAAAGGAGGUAACUAUUUUAUCAGUCUUUUCCUGUAUGUACGGAGGGGCACUGUAAGGUUUUGUGGGGUUUUUAACACUCACGUUGUUUUUAAAUGCUCCAUUUUAUAUGAACCUUUCUUUCUUUUUUUUUUUUUUUUUUUUAAGUUCUGACAUCAUAACAACCCUUUCAGGUGCUACAAAAUGACCAGUUACUGCUUUGUCACAUAGGAUUUAGACAUCUCUUCAUUCUUAACAAUAGAUUCAAAACCAGAUGUGCAAAAUGAAGCUUAUUUUUACCAGUUUAAUAGUAGAACACUUCCUCAACCAGACAAUAGAGCAUGUAACUCAACAUUAUCAGUUCUGUUCAACUGUAACAAUGCAUUAAAAGUGUUGUAGAAAAAAUGUGGAAUUGAUUAAAAAAAAAGUGAAUUCCACAGUUAAUUUAUUCUUUUUUCUAUUAAGAAUUUGUAUAGUAACUUUACAUUUUGCAAAACUGUGUCGUUGGAAAUUGAUAAUGAAUUUUCAAGAUGAGAAGCCGUGGUGGUUCUUGAGAGUAAGAAAAUAAAUUAUUGAUGAAUGUUCUCAA